UUGACUGCUUGCUGCUUGUAUUUUCUCACUGGGUGGACUGUCCUGGAUUUCAAGCGCACAGCUAACUGGGAAACACGCAAAUAAUCCAUCAGUCAUUUAAAAACAAAAGAACCGCUCCGCUAACAUCAAAGCAAAAUGGGAAAAGUUCAAGGAGGAAUGAAAUGUGUGAAAUACCUUCUCUUCGUAUUCAACUUUAUAUUUUGGCUGGUCGGCUCGCUGGUGCUGGCGGUCGGACUGUGGCUGAGGUUUGAUCCUGACACCGUUUUGCUCUUGAACGAAGAGGGCGCGCCCGAUACCUUCUUCAUUGGGGUGUACAUCCUGAUCGGAGCUGGCGGGCUUAUGAUGUUGGUGGGUUUCUUCGGAUGCUGUGGCGCUGUCCGGGAAUCGCAGUGUCUCCUGGGAUCGUUUUUUGCCUGCCUCCUGGUCAUCUUUGGUGCUGAGGUUGCUGCCGGUGUAUUUGGAUUCUUAAACAAAGACAAGAUAAUUGAAGAGGUCCAGAACUUCUACACAAAUGUCAACAAUGAAAAUGGCAACAGCACCGCGAUAGUAUCUAUUUAUUUCAAAGUGCUCAACUGCUGCGGUGACGAGUCAGUGAAUAUCUCCCUCUGCCCAGAAGCCACAGAGGAUACCAAGGAUUGUAAGACGGCUAUAUCCGACUUUUUCAACAAUAAGCUGUAUAUCAUCGGAUACGUCGGAAUAGGAAUUGCUGGAGUGAUGAUCAUCGGCAUGAUCUUCAGCAUGGUACUGUGCUGUGCAAUACGGAACAGCAGGGAGGUGAUCUAGUCACCCCUGCCCUCAAACCCAAUCCCCCCAAACCGAUCCCCAAUCACCACACCCCCCCUUCCCCACCCCCACCCCCUCUCGCCCAAUCCCAGCCUGCGCUGGACCUUGACAGACUUCAGAUCCUCUGUGACAAAGCCACCCUGACUGGAUUGGUCCAGCAAACCCACCUGAAGAGCUGGGGUGCCCAGCUAUCCCCACCCCCUCCCAAACACGCCGACUCAACAAUGGACGGGGCCUGCAGGGGCUCAGUUUUACAGAUCUGAUGAUGUCAUCAGAGAGUGACGCUAGUGGGGUUUCCUUUUUCACUGGGCUGGUGCAGUCUGGACCUCUUCACCUGCCCUUUCUCACUGCUAUAAUCCAAUUAACCUGUAUGCUGUGUGGCGGCUUCCAUGCAGAAAAUACUUAGCACUGCACUGUGACAUUCCCAUAAUUCCCUGAUGCUUGUAUUAUCACUGCAAGGGCAGCUUGUACAUAGCGAUGUGUUGAGCUUUGCUACAAGAUGUAUUAGUUCUUAGUUGCUUGCAGCUAUUUAUGCCAGACUGCCCCUAACUGAUGUCCACAUUGGCAUAACUGCUUAGUUCCCACACAAGCUUUGUUAGUCAGAGAUCUGCAGACGAAGGCAUUCUGUUCUAAACUUGGCAGCAGCCAAAGCCUUCAGUGAACAGAUAAAAAUAUUAUGUAAUGUGAGACUUGGGGGGGCCAUGCAUGGUGCCCUUGAACCUUUCAUUUGGAUGUCUCUCCCCACCCCACGUACACACACAUAGCGCCCCUUGACCCCGGCCAUUCCCACCAGCGCCUGCUUACACACAACAUUCCUAUGACCUAAUGACCAAACUCUCAAGCGUUCGGUGCUUACUGUGCGGGAGCCGCGCGCUUAUACAGGCGCGUGGGAAGAGGGCCCAGCCUGCCCCGGCCCAGACCGAGCCACAAGCUCCCCAGUUCUCCAGCCAGUGCCCUCCUCCUCAGAGUGGGACGGCGCCGGUGGUGCAGGCAGCUCGGGUCACACACAAGAGCGGCGGUCCCACCUCCUGGAUCGAAGGCUUUCCCUGCACCACCACUUUGCACUGACUAAACCUGGCCAUAAACCUGGUAUUCCUAAGUAUCCUCUCCAAGGAGUGCCUCAGUGGUGCAAGUGCCAGGCGAUAUUCCCUCUCGCCAUGUCAGUGUGAAUGCAGGUGGCUCAAGUGACGCCUCGCUGCCGUUUUGGCGAUGCGAUCGAAUCCGGCAACAUUCAGCUCGACCCCCUCUUGUGUGUUCCCCAAGCCACAGCCACCAUCGCGUCCGAGCCCGGAGAUUUGUACAUUUUGUGUGAAUUUGUAAUUUGUCUCUACAUUUUUUUUUCGGUUUGUCUGUUUGUUAGGUAGAUAAUGAGAUAGUCGAUUUGGGAUGUACUGUGGAGACGUGUAUACUAUAGAGGCAGCUUGUGUAGACUGUGUUUGGUAAUAAUGUAAAAGAAGAAAACAACAACUUGCUUUUCACAGCAUGUCUAUUCUUAACGUGCCUUUGUUUUAGUUUUUUUUAAACGUACACGAGGAUACGGAUCAACAACCUUAAUGUCGCAAAUGAAAGUUUUUUAACCGUGUUGGUGUGUAGAGUCAGUCAAGUUAGAUGGCUAAGCAGCAGCAAAAAAACAGAAAUGUAGGGGCUGUUUUGAGACCGCAGAUAUUCCCUAGUAUUGGUCCUUUCACAUGUUGGAAUCGACAUGUGUCGGCUGAAACGAUGUGCUUGCUUGCCCAGUGCCGUAGAUAGGGCUAUGUCCUUGUGGCCUUGCGGCAGCUAUCCAUUCGCAUUCUUAGUGAACAUUUUUAUGUUUUUUUUUUUCUAUUGACUCACCACCAGUCAAAUCUGCUACAUUUUGUGUUCAUUUCUAGUGGAUUUUCGAUAGGAUAGUGAAGUACUGUGCAUUACACUCUCUGAAUGUUUUGGAUUAAAUGAAGCUGAGUGUCUUUAAAGGCAGAAAAGAGAGAGAAAGCCCUUCAGCCUCCAUGAAAGGAGUCUAUUCUCCAGUCAAAAUCAUUUUGAAAAGAAGAUGCAGUAAUGGGCAGUUUUGGAUGAAACUUAACUGAGGCUAUAGGUGCUGUCCAACUAGUGAUCCAAGCAGGCAGGCUAAGAUUACAUCCCAGCGUCCUGCCAGACAGGUAACUCUACCAGUCAGUCAGCCCACCUGUAGGCCAAAUUGAGCUGAGACCUCAGCAGUAGCUGGAUUCCAACUGGCAGCAACGCAAGGAAUGAAACGUUAGCUAACCACAGCACCGAUGCACGAAUAAAAUCUACUCAGCAAGUGACUUUGUUGGCACAAGGCAUAAGACAGAUGAAUAGAGGGGUAUUACUGUGCAGGUUGAGUCAGGUUGAACAAAACAAGGAAUGUGACCAAUGCUGUUUAUACUUCAGUACUUCCGCUAGGGGGAACAUUGGACCUUUUGGCAUUAAAUGCUGUCUUUAUGCAGGUUUUCCAGCUGUGAAUUGAGCAGGUAAAGGGUUAUGCAUUGAUUCAGGUGCUGAUGGGGAGCGAGAUCCAGAGCAAGUUUAAAAGUACUCCACAACCUUGAAUUACAAACUCCACCUCCCAUUUGUACUGUCGCAAAAUGUUGCUCUAUUGAACUCGUUCCAGAUGUAAAGAUUCAUUUUGUCAUCAUCACAUGUACUUGGGCAAACAAGAAUGACGAGUUGAAGUACUGUACGCAUGAAAAAAGCAUCUCAAUUGAACUGUUGAUUGAUCUCAUGUUAAUUUAUUUAAUGGCUGAUAUAAUUCGAGUUCAAGUGGCAUUCAGGCUUCUCAGGAAGAUAGUUG